UUUCCUGAAAAUAUUUGAUUCAAAGAGGAAGGAAAAUUUGUCUAAAUAUCCUCUGGUUUAAAAAAAAAAACAAAUAAACAAAUAAUAAAACAACAGAAAGUACCCAGCACAUUUGUUUCCAAUAGGGAAACUUUGGCCAUUGAGCAAACAUGGACUGAGUCGAUUGCCACAUUUUUCUUUUGGGGGGUCAUAAGGCCAGUUAAUGAUUAGGAUAGUAAAAGCAGAUAUUCGUGCCUGUCGGGAGCUGGUUUGUUUGGCUUUUUCACUAAGAAGGAGUUCAAUUCAUCCCUAUGCCAAAGGAGACCCACUUCACCAUGACCAACAGUCUCAGAAGAUGCCUCUGUUUCCUGGGGAUACUGUUAUUCUCUAAUGGUUCAGGUCAUGAGCUUCCCCUUGUACAACAGAAAUGCACUGACUAUCAGAAUGCCAAUUUUCUACGGGGCACCAACCUCAAAGUCCAAUUCCUCCUCUUCACUCCUUUGGAUCCUGGCUGUGGAAAGCUAGUAAGAGAAAGUAGUGACCUUCAGAAUUCUGGAUUUAACACUUCUCUGGAAACCAAGUUAAUUAUCCAUGGAUUCAGGGUAUUAGGAACAAAGCCAUCUUGGAUUAAUAAAUUUGUCCAAACUCUUCUGCAUGUGGCAGAUGUGAACGUGAUUGCAGUGGACUGGGUUUAUGGAUCCACGGGUGUUUAUUACUCAGCUGUGGACAAUGUGAUAAAACUUAGUCUGGAAAUCUCUCAAUUCAUCAGAAAUCUACUGGUGCUUGGUGUAUCACAGUCAUCUAUCCACAUCAUUGGGGUCAGCCUUGGAGCACAUGUUGGGGGAAUGGUGGGACAUUUCUAUAAAGGCCAGCUGGGAAGGAUAACAGGUCUGGAUCCUGCAGGGCCAGAGUACACCAAGGCUAGCCUUGAAGAACGAUUGGAUCCUGGGGAUGCUUUAUUUGUGGAAGCCAUUCACACAGAUACAGACAAUUUGGGUAUCCGGAUUCCAGUAGGACAUGUGGACUACUUUGUCAAUGGUGGCCAAGACCAGCCAGGAUGUCCCUCAUUUAUUCAUGCAGGUUACAACUAUCUGAUUUGUGACCACAUGAGAGCCGUUCAUCUCUACGUCAGUGCAUUGGAGAAUUCCUGUCCACUCAUGGCUUUUCCUUGUACCAGCUUCAAGGAUUUCCUUUCAGGAGAUUGCCUGGAUUGUGCUAACCCUUUUCAGCAUUCCUGUCCCAGAAUUGGUUUACUGGAACAAGGAGGGAUCAAUAUGGAAAAGCUUCCCAAAGAAGUGAAAGUGUACCUACUGACCACUUCCAAGGCUCCAUACUGUCUCUACUAUAGUCUCAUGGCGUUUCAUUUACGGAAGGAGAGAAACAAGAAAACCGAGAUUGAAGUCACUCUGCAUAGCAGUAAUCUCACAACUUCCAUUAAGAUCACCAUACCGAAAAACCAGUUGAUUGGCAAAGGACUGAUGGCCCAUUCAAUCCCACAUUGCCAUAUAAAUCAAGUGAUUCUGAAGGUUCUUUCCUCCAACCAGAUUUGGAGAAAAGAAGAGAGUUCCAUCAUUGGGAAAUUCUGUGUCAUCCCUUUGCCUGCUAACCACAGUACGAAGAUGUGGUGCCGUUCCGAACCAAUGACCUUGAAAACAAAUGUAAAUGUUUUUGUAAACCUGGAAAUACCAUGUGCAUAGCAUAAUCCCUGAAAUUUGGAGGGGAACAAGUGGUUUGAUUCAGAUUGUUUUUAUCAGACUGAGGAUAAUAUCUCUUUGUCAUCUACUAAGUAGCACAAAACUAGUCAGCAGUAUUUUUAUUAAUGCAUUUUAUCUAGACAUAUGUGCCAAUUAGUUACCAAUCAACAAUGCCCCUCCUGCCCUGGAUCUUUUUUAUUAAAAAGCAGUCAUUAAACAAAGCCAUCUAAGAGGUGUUGUGCUUAACAGUACACACAAUUUUUCACACUUUCCUCCUUUUUAAUUGAAAGGAAACAUCAUUUAGGACCAACACUGACCACUGAAAUUGACUUGAAUUUCUUUGCCUUUUAGGUUAUCUUUAUUUGAAUUAUUAAAGUCAUUAUGUAUUAUGUUCCAUUGGUUUUGCUUUCCUCUGUAUCUGUUUCUCUAAUUUUUUUUUUUAUAUUCAUCAUUACUUACAGUCUGACAGUAAUUCUCAUUUCCAGCCAUUUCUAAGUCAUUGAACACAAUUUGUUCCCGGCUUUUAACUAUUUUAAAUAAUGCUGCUCUGAAUAUUUUGAUAAGUUGGGGAUUGUUCUUUUCUGUUACUAUUGUUGUGUGGGAUAUAAAUUUUAGUAAUGAAAUUACAGCUUUUGACCCAAAGUCAAAGCUUAAUACAUGCUUGUUGAUGGAUUGGAUCAAAGGGUAUGAACAAUUUAAAAACGUGUAUAAUUCUUAAAAAAAAGUUUUCAAAAUAGUUGUACCAAUUCACUGUUCAAUCAGCAUUGAAUUAGUAUGUCUUCUAGUGUUAUCUUUUUCUUAUUAAUAUUUUAGGCAGAUAUGACCCCAUGUCUUCGGGCUUCUACCUAGAAUUAUACCUGUUAUUCAGCAGAAACAUUUCUAAGGGAAAGUCCACAAAUUCCACAGAAUAGUCAGAUUGUUUUGUUUUAAUGAAAUUGUGUUACCCUGAGUAUACA